UGGUUGUUCUUUGACACAGUGGCUCUAGGAAUUGACAACUCCGACAAUAUGUCAUCCAGCGUGCUCCAGGGCUUCACCUGCACCAGAGUGGCCAGUAUGACCACAACCAAGAUCAAGAAACUGGUCAAGGCCUGCAGGAGGAAGGGCAAGAACAGGGUCGCACUGAGAGAGACUCAGUUGACCUGCAUGUACAACUACAUCAAGGAAGAGUCAAAUGUCACCAGCUACAACCUGUACCCUCCUGACAUGCUGCUUUACUACGACUACAGUAAGGUUCCUCGGGACACCUGUAAGGACUACUUCAGUGAGCUGGGAGACGCGGACUUCUCCGUGUUCUCCGACGACGCUCAGCUUCAAACACUCCCAGCUACCUGGACCAGAGAGACCCUGGACAACCUGGGCGUUCUACCUCUCUACCUGACAUCCUCCUUCUACAAGAACUUCUCUAAGAAAGUAAAAGGCCAGUUCCUACAGUCAUUCCUGAAGGUGUUGAGGAAGAAUGGAACGUCCAGACAGAAGAAGAGGAGGAUGAAGACGGCUAUCAGACAGUCCAUCAUCGACCAAUCACAGUCCAAACGCUCCAUAGCGAGUGAAUGCACAGUGGGAAAUAUCACUCAGGUCACGAUCAGUGAGAAUACGUUCCCCUUCAACUACGAGACCGUGACCAAGUUCAACUGCUGCCUGACGGCCAAGACAGUCGUUGACAACCUGGACGCCAUCACCGCCAAUGUGGACGACCUGGAAUACCUUGAAGUGGUCCUGGCGAGACUCAGAGAGGCCUACUCCGCAAACUCCACCAUCCCAGAAGCGAAGGUGCAGGUUCUUGGGCCGGCUUCGCGCGUUGCCACUAACGCUGACAUCACCAUGUGGAACAUCACCAAGAUCGACACACUGUCAGCUCUGAUGGACUCCUCCAAUGGAAACUGGGAUGCUGCCAUGGUGCAGGCCAUCAUCAGUAAGUACCUGAGGAACUCAGGAAAUACUCUGGGCAGUGCAGAGCUCAACUCCAUCGGAGGACCCAACCUGUGUUCACUAGACAUCAGCCUCCUGAAGACCAUUACACAGAGUAGCCUGAGUAAGGCCAAUGCCCUGACGGUGACCAACUGCAACAUAAUGAAGAAGAGAACGCUGUUCAUCAUCGCUGAAGGAGCCUUCCAGAGCCGCAGUACUGUCUCUGCUACCUCCUACCAGCUAACACAGCCAUACAUAGGUGGUGCUGACUCAGCCUACGUCCAGCGUCUGUCCACCUCUAACAUCAGUAUGGACAUGGACACUUUCAUCAGCCUGGACCCUACUGUUAUACAGACUCUGGGUGUGAGCCAGGUCAAAGGUCUGCUGGGUUCUAACCUGCCAGAGCUGAAGAGCUAUGAGAACCAGAGCAUGGUCCGGACCUGGAUCAGCACCCGUUUCCAGGCCGACCUGGACUAUCUGGGGCUGGGUCUGAAGGGAGGCAAGGCUGACCCCAGCACGGUUGGCGUGGGAACCAUCUUUCUUCCUACCAGUGCAGGGGUAACUGGAGGAGCUGGGCCAGUCAACACCGUGGCUGGAGGAGCUGCUGCUACUACUACAGCGAGCGGCGGAGCGAUCAACAGACCAACGUUCGGCCUCCACCUUCUCCUCGCCACUCUGGCCGUCGCUGUCCUGUACAUUCUACACUGAUUUAAACACUGAUUUCAGAGAUUUUAUAUUUCAGAGUGAGAGAGUUAACCGACUCCAUAGCAUCGAGUCGCAUUCGGCUCAGACAGGGAAAAACACAAUGUAAAGUUCUCAAACAGGAAACAAAAAUGUAUAAAUUUAGAGUCAGGUAGCGCCUUAGAUAUUGUAAAUAUCACUGAAUACAAGGAUAUAUACUAUCAAAAGACUAUCAAACAAUCUAGCACUUUAGUCACGUCAGUGUUUCUGCUCUGACAAGUUCUGCAUUUUGAUUUAAGUGUGUUCACUUUGUAUGUUGUUCUGUCUUGGUGGUUGGAAUGAAGUCUGUUCUGUCUUGGUGGUUGGAAUGAAGUCUGUUCUGUCUUGGUGGUUGGAAUGAAGUCUGUUCUGUCUUGGUGGUUGGAAUGAAGUCUGUUCUGUCUUGGUGGUUGGAAUGAAGUCUGUUCUGUCUUGGUGGUUGGAAUGAAGUCUGUUCUGUCUUGGUGGUUGGAAUGAAGUCUGUUCUGUCUUGGUGGUUGGAAUGAAGUCUGUUCUGUCUUGGUGGUUGGAAUGAAGUCUGUUCUGUCUUGGUGGUUGGAAUGAAGUCUGUUCUGUCUUGGUGGUUGGAAUGAAGUCUGUUCUGUCUUGGUGGUUGGAAUGAAGUCUGUUCUGUCUUGGUGGCUGGAACGUUGUUUAAAGAAUCAUUUGUAGGGCUCUAUUCAGUCUGUGUAGCUGAAAGGUCAUUUCCUAUUGAGCCAAGAUCUGCAGCAUUUACCAUGAAUGCAGUCUAUGCUACGGGAACAUUGCCUUUCAAUUGAAAUGAUGCUGAACUUCCACAAUGUGGAUUGAAUAGAGCCAUUUUGUCUUUGCCUUCGGGUGAAAAUAUGAAAGUAUUUCAUUAGAUGACAAAGAAGUCUUGUGUUGGUGAUGUCGUCUUUCUGGGACAGCCAUUUGUUUUCUCAGGGUUAGUAUCUCCAACACUUAUCCACCGAGCCAAAACCCUGUUCAAUGUCAUGACAACCAAUUCCUCUAGUGCAGAAUGAUUCUGUCGUUAGAAUGUCACUGUGUUUUUGUUCAUGUCAGCUCAAACUGUUGACUGUCUUCUCAAUGCUGUCAUUUGAUGAUACUAAAUAGCAGAUGUUGAAUGUAUGAUUUAAUUAAUAAAAAUUUAUAUUAUUACACAA